AGCUGCAUGUUGCUGAGUGAACAUUUAGAUAUCUGAAAUUGCAAAACAAUGAAACAAAAAGAAGAAAAGAACUGCAUCAGUGAAGACGAAGAAGAAAGAAAAGAACCAAAAACAUUUCUGAGGAUCUUUACAAGAGGGAAGUUCAUUGUGUUAUGUGUUGCUAUUGCGCUUCUUCUCAUCAUUACCUUAACUACAGUAUUUGUGAUUACAAGAUCAGAUGCUUCAGUUGACAUGGAAAAGCCAUUCCCAUCUGAUGGAGACAUGCUUGACUUUCUUCUACAAAUUGGAGAAAUUCAGGAGAAAGAUGGUCUUUAUGCAACAUGGUAUCACGCAGCUAACAAUAAAUCUGAGAUGAACAAGGCCUUGAACAGUAAUGUCAUGAUCCUAGAAGCCGAUGUUAAUGUGAAAGGUCAUAACACAGCUAAUGAAACCAAUAUUCCCAUCAUGGCCCAUCCACCAGACAUAUACAGUGACAACACUCUGGAGGAGUGGCUGGAUGCUGUACUCAAAUCAAAGAAAGGGAUAAAGCUGGAUUUUAAAAGUAUCAAGGCUGUGGAACCCUCACUUGAUCUUUUGAGAGUGAAAAACCAAACAGGGAUUAAUCGCCCGGUGUGGAUAAAUGCAGAUAUUCUUCUUGGUCCUAAUGUCCCUGUUUUCUGGCCAGUAAUGAACGCUUCAGAGUUUUUUGAGCUCAUUCAGCUGAAAUUUCCUGACGUCACCAUCUCCCCAGGAUGGAAGGUUCUUUAUCUUUCCGUCUUCCCUAAUGUGACAUACACACGCAGUAUGGUGGAAGAGAUGUACUCUAUUGUAAGAUACCUUCCUCAGAAAAUCACAUUUCCUGUCCAUGCUUUGAUGGCCAAGAAUGGGUGGCCACACCUAAGCUGGCUGCUCAGCCAAUCUUCAAGGUUCAGUUUAACCCUGUGGCAAGGAAAGGAGAACCCUACCGUGAAUGAUCUUCUCUUUGUCAGAGACAACAGCAACCCUAUGCGCAUCUAUUAUGACAUUUAUGAGCCUGUGCUCUCACAGUUCAAAGAAGCUGCAAUGAUGAGAAACAGACCCAGAAGAUUCUACCCAGGUGGUGACAUAAUUGAUUAUUUCAGGCCGGUGAACAGUGACGGACUGAACAUCCAGUGGGACACAGUGACCAAUAAUGAUUAUUUGCUACAUCUGCUUGAAAACAGUCAAGGGGGAAUGCUGGUGAUUACAGUAACAUCUAGUGUUGGUCAACCAAACAUUCCCAUCAUUCAGGGAUCCCAGCCUGAGCUGUCUUUACAGGACUGCCUGGAUCAGAUUUUUGCCUCUAAAAAGUCAUGGGGAAUCUACUUAAGAAUUAUGUCCCAGAGUCAGCUGAGCCACACACUGGAGCUCCUUCGUCAGGCGUAUGAACGAGACCUGCUGCACCACCCCACCUGGGUCAACAUGGACAUAGCACACGGAGCUUUCUAUAUCCAGGACUACAUUACAGGAGAGGAAUUCUUGAGAAUCAUUAAUCAAAUCUUUCCAUAUGUGACUUUGGCUCCAAGCUGGCCUAAAGAGGUUCUUGAUGAAGGCUACAAACCAGAGUUGGUGGAGGACAUGGUGCAGCUCUUCCAGGGGGCUUGGCAAGAUGUUUCAUUGCAGCUGCAUGCUGGCACACUUUACAGGACUGUAACUAGAUGUAGAAACCUUAUCCAUGCACAACCACGCUUCUCCAUGACUCUGGAGCAUCAGGCAGACGACAGAGGCCUCAAUUCUUGGACUGCAAGCUUAAUGGCUAUCAGAGCACUGAACAGACAGCGGAGCUUCUACAACAUGCCUAAUAUAUACAGAGAACAUAUAGCAAAUCUGUCAACCUAAAGAGUAUACAGCACUGACAAAAACUUUGCAAUCUGACAGUUAAAGUGUGAUUUACAUUUAUGUAAAACGUACAUUGUAAAUCUGAAAAUAUAGAUUUUUAUAAACUCAGUUGCCAAUUUAUGAUUUAUAAUUAAUUAAUUAAUUUAUUUAUAAUUAAUAUGUUUAAUCAUAAUGACAAAGAAUUGGUAAACAUAUAUAUAUAUAUAUAUAUCCCUACUCCAAAAAUAAUACUGCUGGAGAGGACAAAAGAAAGAAAGACAUUUUAUUAUUCUAAUUAAUUUUUUUGAUGUAAUAUGUCAAUAUUCUGAUGGAUCAGUGUUAGAAAUCAGGUUUAUUUUUAAAGAUAUUUCAUGUAUGAUGCAGCAUGAUGUCAUGUGAAUCUUUAACAGUGGCUUUGCAACAUGGCUGAAAAGGGGUGCAAAAAGGGGCACAAAAGGAUUGCAAAAAGGGGUGUCCCAUAGUGGAUAAAAAACAAUUCACAAGCAGAGAGGUUAGUCAACAAAGCUUUCUCUUACAGUGUUUCUGCACUGCACAUUUUAUUUUAAAAUUGUGGAAAUUAUUUUAAAAUGGUUUGAAUUACCAUUGUGUAUGAAAUGUACUCCAUAAAUAAAUUUGCCAUGCUUAAAAAGAA